UGGCGCAGAACAGGAGAAGUGUCUCCGGGAAGUCCAGAGUCGGCGCUUUUGGUAUGCUCUAGAAUAACCGCUCUUUUUAUUUUUCUCCUUUGCUUUAUUUCUAGCUGGUGACUGUAUCUAUAAUGAUUUGAUUUUUGACUCGAUCAGGUUUAGGAAGGAUCGAUUUUGUUUUCAAAACUGUUACUUUUCUAAUGCUCAAACGUAGAGAACGCGAGCAUAUUUGGAAUCGAGAUCAAGUGCUGCGUGGGAACGAAGAUCCGCGUGAGCGCACAGCAACCUUCGGAAGUCUAGGUGGUGGAACUUUUUCUCAGAAGGACUUCAUAAUGCAGAGAAGUGGCGCACUUCCUCCUGAUGAACAGCACUUGAACCACACAUCGGCCAGUCCCCCAGUCAAAAGCGCUCAUUUCGAAACUCGCUUGUUUGGAGGAAAUUCGUCUGCCUUUGCCGCUUUUUCCGGCGGCGGGACGCCGGGAAUAGACCGAGACCUGCAGCUCUUCAGAGCGGCAUCCGAAACCAGUGGGCGUGGAGCGAGGGGCGCACCAUUUUCUUCGGUUGGGGAGGAGGAUACAGCGAACCCUCUGGUGUCGGAGCAGCAAGCCUUUGGCGUGAUCAGAAACUUUCCUGUAGAUGCCCGUGACCGAGAUGAAGGUGGGAUGAUCGAUCCAGAAGAGGAUCCGGAUGGCGAAGCCUUAGUAUCUGCGCGCAUUCGCGAUCGGCAGAUGACUGUUGACACGUUACGCGAGGACGUCGACUAUCUUUUGAUGCAGGGAAACUUGGAUACUGGUCUAGCGGAAAGCAGCAAGGUGAUUGGGCGCCAGAAGUUACUUCUCCGUCGGAUUGUCCAAUAUCCAGCCCCUAGUGUUGUUGGAUUAGGGCUUCGAUUGUGGGACCUGGUCUUCUCGCGUCCGCGCUGCUUUCACGUCGUCGCGCCUUGGUUGGAGGCGCGGAACAAUCUAGUAGUAAAAGCGUCCCCGUCUGCUCCAGAAGCAACGGGAACAGCCAAGAGAGAACUGCGAGACGUCGAACUCAGACCCACUUCUAGAAGUUCGUCUUUUUCAGACAAAGAGAAGGAUCGUUUGGUCCGCUCUCUGAGUGCCUUUCUGAAACGCGAGUUGUGGAAGAAGGCUGAAGACGAACCGAUCCGUGCAACUACAAGUGAUGCGCCAGCCGAGGAAGAUCUGAUUAUGGCUGUGAACGACAAUUUCCCUGUAAAUGAAUGUAAGUUGAUUCAUUGAAGAUGAAGCUAAUCAUGCGAUGCUUUUCGCUCAUCUUCCUGUUUGAAAAGGUUAUUGCAAAUGCUUGUUCUACUCACACGCUCCUCUUCUCGUGUUUCUAAUGUCACCAUGGAUAGCAUUUCUGCGAAUGCGCCCACGCUGUUUUUGAAGCAGGUUGCUUUUUUGAAUAGCGAAGGAACUACGGAAGACUUCCCACUUCUGCAGGAGCUUCUUCAGCGCUGCUUCAUGGAGGACGAAGUGCUGCGAGGCAGAAUGCUUCUCUUGCUGGGCAGCGUGUACGGACUCUUCUUCGCAAGGCCUUUUUAUGGACACGUGAUGCCUUUUUCUUGUUUUUUUCCGAUUCCCGACAAAGAUCAUUGAUUCUAGUUUUCUCGAUCUUGUUGUUGCUCUUGCUUACACCGUUCCGCUCCUUUCUUUUUUUACUCUUUCUUUCACAUCCUGUUGCUCGCCUUCCGCGCGCUAGUUCUCGGCCACUCGCUUCGCGAUGAGUUAGAGGACGAACCGCAGUUGCGCCAAGAAAUGCUGCAAACGCUAUUGAGGCGCAUGAGACUAGAACCGCAGUUUCACGUCAUUUUGCUCGACGUCUUCUGCGAAUUCACAAACCGGGACUCUUUCCGAGUCUACCUGUGCCGAAAAACAAGCUUCUUCGAUUUUUUACUUGCCGUGUUGAACGGUCAAGUCGGCGGACCGGCGGAUGGUCGAACCGAAAUCGAAAAACUAGACGUGGUGGCAGACGUGGACGUACAGCGACGAGUGUGUAAAUUACGUCAAAAGGAUGUAAUCAAAUGGGUUUCCUUUUUCUACUUGUGUUCAUUGAAACUGAUCCGUAUAGAUAAGUAAGAAAUAACAAGGACAAAAAUUGACACACUCGUAACCCACUAGAGAUCCUCUGGCCUCUCUUCAUACAAUUGCUUGGCGCAUCUCGCAGCGGAUAGACCAACGCGGGAGCGAGCAAAAAAGAGCAACUAUCUGCAGAACAUGCUUGCUACGGCACGGGAUGGCGCAGUAGUUAUAUACCUGAGCAUGGCGCUAGACAAAUCAACGAGCGCGUUCGGGAUUUGAAAAGCAAUGAGUGAUGCUCAUCGUGGUAAGAAAACUGAAUGAAAAAUGCUACCAUAAAGUGUCACGGCGACCAGGAAAUAUAUUAUCAUCGCAAACACUACUGAAGAUGCCUUUCACUAAUUAUGUACCAGUCCAUUUGAAUCUAACUGAUGC